UGCACGAGUUGAUCAAGUGUUUUGAUGUAUAUAUAAUUAGGUAGUACUGAAAGAGAUGUGAUUUUUCAUAGUGAGUGUUUUUCUGUUGUGACCAGUUUUGCCUUUCUCUGAAGUAAAAACUCCCAAAUACACAGAAGCGUUUUCUUCAAGAUUGAUUACCCAGAUGUCCAACUGAUGCGGCCUGGUCAGCGACAAUCCUGUACCACCAUGAACCUGGAGAAACUACUCGCUCUUGAGCAGGACGAGGUUUCUGUGGAACCGCAUGAUCGGUUACAUAUGGACGAAAGUGACGAGGUAGAUCACCAGCCUCAUCAUAUACAGUUACCUGAGUAUCAGACUGUACAGACCAUUUUACGUGGGGAAACCUUGCAGAAGUCCAACCGAAGCUCUCAUGGCAGUGACACUUCCUCAGCUUACUCAGGAUCUGACACAAUGCAAUCAGUACAGUCCUCAUUGGAGGAUCAAGAAGUGGACCUUUCAGGACUCACAGAAAGUGCUGUGGAUUCAGAUGAUGAAGAGGAUCUUGCAGAGCUGAUUGAGAACCUGUCUGUUAGAGAUACUGUGCGUGAAUGCUUGGAAAGGGACCCUUCAGAGCGUACAGAUGAUGAUAUUGAAGUGUUGUUGGAGUUCAUGCAGCAUUUACCUGCUUUUGCCAACAUUACCUUAGCUGUGAGAAGAGCUUUGUGUGCUGUGAUGGUGUUUGCAGUUGUUGAUAAAGCUGGAACAAUUGUGAUGAACGAUGGAGAGGAACUAGACUCUUGGUCUGUCAUUGUCAAUGGUCAAGUGGAAAUUGAGCUCCCAGAUGAAAGUAUUCAGGAACUUAAUCUUGGUGACAGUUUUGGAAUAACAGCUACCACAGAGAGAAUGUAUCAUCAAGGUCUGAUGAGAACUAAAGUGAAUGACUGUCAAUUUGUAUGCAUAGCACAGAGUGAUUAUCACAAAAUACUCCACCAAGGGGAAGAAAACACUAGGAAACAUGAAGAAGAUGGUCAAGUGGUUCUUAUAACAGAACGAAGAGUCCUGGAUGGGGGCAGUCGGCAGGGUCAUGUAGUCAUCAGGGGCACACCUGAGAGGCUAAUGGCCCAACUGGUGGAGGAAAAUUCCCUUGACCCCAGCUAUGUGGAGGAUUUUCUACUGACUCAGAGGACUUUCAUUAGUUCACCUCUAAUUGUGGGUAGUAACCUUCUUCAGUGGUUUAAAAAUCAUCAACUGCGAGACAAGGUCACAAGGGUUGUUCUCCUAUGGGUUAAUAAUCACUUUACAGACUUUGAAAUGGAUGCAAAUAUGAUGGAAUUUCUGGAAACAUUUGACUCUCUUCUUGAACAAGAGAAAAUGCACAGCCAGCUACGUUUACUAAACAUUGCCUGUGCUACUAAAGCUCGUAGUAGAACUGUUACUUUAGCUCGCUCUACACGAGAUGAUGUUCUUCACUUCUCUAUCCUUGGUGGCUAUGAACGAGGAUUUGGAAUCUUUAUAUCCAAGGUCAGCAAGGGUUCCAAAGCAGAAGACAUGGGACUUCGAAGAGGGGAUCAGAUUCUGGAAGUUAAUGGACAAAGUUUUGAACAUGUGAGCCAUGCUCGAGCUCUGGAAAUUUUACGAGGAACAACACAUCUUUCCAUUACUGUUAGAUCCAACCUUUUAGCUUUUAAAGAAAUGCUCAACACACCUGUGAAUUCUCCUCGACAACAAGUAAGAAAGGUAGCUGAAAUUGCCCACUUACAGCCUAAUCCCAAGGCAAGGUUAUCUUCUCACUUUGACUUGGGAGACAUGAGGGGAAUAGUGGACAUUCCUUUAGAGUUAGGAGUGAAUGCAUUACUCCUGCCUCCAAACUCCCCAACGCUUCAUUGUCGUAAGACAUUAUCUGAUCCUGCAACAAAUAACAAACAGGAAAAGAAAGGGUUCAAGACUCUCAGUAACAGAGUAAAGCUUAAAAAGGCUCUAGCAAAAAUGAACAUUAUACCCAAGUCCAUAAAUAGCGAAAUGCAGCUGAACAGUUCCGAUGACAGUUUGUAUUCCCUAAAUAGUGGCAGCAGUAAUGGAUCAACUUAUCAUCAGGGGACAAGAGGAGGUUCUCCUCAACGAUCUUUUGGGACUGGAUCUCUCUAUCAUAGUCACAGCAACCCAGAUUUAGCAUCUUUGUCAGCUUACUGUGAAUCAGAGUUAAGACCUGAUUUUCCCGAGCAUGUGCUUAAAGUGUACAGAGCAGACCAAACUUUUAAAUAUUUGCUUGUUCAUAAGGAAACUACUGCCAGAGAAGUGGUGAUGUUGUCACUCCGAGAGUUUGGAAUAACAGACUCCAGCAGUAAUUAUUCACUCUGUGAGGUCACUUGUGGAGAAGGAGGUGUUGUUAAGCAACGAAGAUUACCAGAUCAAAUACAAAAUUUAGCAGAGCGUAUAGGACUCAGCAGUCGUUACUACUUAAAGAACAAUUCAUCAACUGAAGCUCUUGUACCUGAUGAUCUAGCAGGAGAACUCUUGCGAGAAAGUCAAAUUAAUUUCCUCCAGUUAAACAGUGUGGAAGUAGCCACCCAACUUACAUUGGAAGAUUUCAACAUUUUCUGCCAUAUUGAACCUACUGAAUACAUUGAAGACCUUUUUGAAAUCCACUCCAGUUAUGGAACACCCACGCUUUCACAGUUUGCUGAGGUAAAUAAGAGAACCAAAGUUCUAUGA